ACUACUUGUGCUUCUACUUCCAAGUAGAAUAACAACAAUAGACUUCCCCUCUUUUACUUGCAAUAAUAAUCCCCCCUCCCUCUCUACACACUUUUGUCUCUAUAUAUUUAUCAACAAAUCGGUGCUACACGAUGGACUUGAUAAAUGGCUAAUUCUCGUAAACCCAGUUCGAGUUUGACUCGGUUUUUCACUCAGAGCUGAAAAGCCCUCUUUUCUCUAUGCUGGAUCGGCACUUCUCAGCUCAUUCAAUUCAAGUGUUGUAGAGUUAGAGUAUUUAUUUCUGGGGUUUGGUAUGGGAGACGAGAUGCCUAAUGCUAAUACAAUGAAUCUUGAUUUGAACUUGGGACCUGUGGUCAAUCCUGACGAGGAGAUUGGGUCUGGUGAAUCGAUGAACUUGGAGGAAUGGUUGGGCAGGCCUGUGAAUAGACUUAGGGAGACCUUUAUGAGGCAGAGAGCUUCAAGGCCGAGGGCUGGUCAAAGGUGGCGAUCAGUAUGGAGACCGGUUCCUAUUCCUCCUGAAACGAGGGACCUUGCACUGGAGUUGAUGGCGGGUGCUGGGUUGGAAAUGGGUGAGGGGAGUGUUGCACCUGCGGAAAGGCCUAGUGAGGAAACUAAAGUGUGUGAUACUAAUAAUGGGUACUUAGAAAAUGAGGCCUUGGGAAAGAAGGAUAAUGAUGAAAAAGGUAAUGGUGAGGAUGGAAGCUUUUUUGAUUGUAAUAUAUGCUUGGACUUGGCCAAGGAACCAGUAGUGACAUGCUGUGGUCACCUGUUUUGUUGGCCUUGCCUUUAUCGGUGGUUGCACCUUCACUCUGAUGCUAAGGAAUGCCCUAUAUGCAAGGGAGAGGUAACCAUGAAGAAUUUAACUCCUAUUUAUGGUCGUGGGAAUAACAGCAAACAGGAGCCAGAAGACGAAUCAAGUCUUAAGAUCCCUCAGAGGCCCCAAGCGCGGCGGGUUGAGAGCUGGAGGCAGGCUUUUCAGAGAAAUGCAUUUACUAUUCCGAUGGAGGAAAUGAUUCGGCGUCUUGGAAAUAGAUUUGAUUUAAGCCGGGAUGUAGCCCAGGGAAAUCCUCGAAAUACUGGCAGCCCCCGUGUAUCGCCAGAGAGAAGUAACUUACUACUCAAUCGAUUUCUGACUUCUAGAGGAAUGCGAAGAGAACAGAAUGUAGGUUUGCCAUCGGAGGAAGCUGUUGACUUGUCACAAAGCAGUCCUACUAACUCUGAGGUAGUGGAGAGUCUUCGAGUUCUUCGAAGAUCACAUCCACAUCGAGCUGCUGUUAUCUCCAAUUUUACAUCUGCAUUGAGCUCUGCUGAAAGACUAGUAGAGUCUUAUUUCCGUAGUCAUCCUGCAGAGAAUGUUGAUGAUCGAGAUUCUGUAUCAAGUAUUGCUGCUGUGAUACAAUCAGAAAGUCAGACAGUUGAUACUGCAGUUGAAAUAGAUUCCCGAGUGUCACUCUCUACUUCGUCAUCAAGAAGAAGACAUGAUGCUUCUAGAAUUUCAGACGUGGAUAGUGGAGAUUCUCGUGCCCCUAGAAGGAGGCGGCUUAACUGAUUCCGUGUCUAGGCGUCUUCCCUGAGUUCUGUAAGAAUCUCUUGCACCUUGAAAGUACACUGAAGGACCCAUAUGUAAAGUGAAAAUACUUGUGCACCUGAAAGGGGAACCAAGUUCAAUUCCAUCCGUAGUUCAUUGUCCAAGAAUCUUUCAGGCAUACAGUUUUCCUGUUAUCCUUAAAUAAGCUCAUAUUCCGUUAUAUAGGGCUGUGUUCUCUUUAGACUCUUUGUAUUUCAAUUAAGUGUCUGCCAUGAAUAAUGAUGAAGCUUUGUCUAAUAGAUGCCAAUGGAUAUGGAUUAUGCAAUCAAGAGUAUGGUAUGUGUUUUAUGGUA